AUGGUCCAAUCGCUGGGUCUGUCCAUAUGCUCCAGGCGCCUGUAUACAUGGUGCUUCACCGUGUUUUGCUUGGGGCUCCUGGCUCUACUGUACAUCCGACUGCUGAAGGAUGAUCUCACCUUAGUUCUGAGUCGAGUCGAGAAACAUCCGGCCAGGCGCAAACCGAACGCAUUGGUUCUGGCCAAAACUAGCUCUGAGGAUGUCGCCUGGGCCUACGCUCUCAAGCCCCAUUGGAAACCUUACAUCUACACCUCCGACAAAGAGCCUGGAUACCGUCCUAUCCCGGCAAACAAGGCCCGCGAGGGCAUGGCAUACCUGACGCACAUUAUUGAACACUACGACUACCUUGCGGAUGUUACGGCUUUCAUGCAUGCCUCCGCCACUCAGUGGCACAACGAUGUUGGCGACAUGGCUUCAUCUUCCCUACUGCAAAAACUCAGCCUGGACGCCGUGAACAAGGCUGGGUAUGCGAAUCUCCGCUGUGAGCACCGCCCAGGAUGUCCCGUGGCCGUGCGUCCCUUUGAUCCAGCCAUGGAGUCGAAUCAUAACGUGGUGUAUCGCAACUUCACCUCUAUCUACAUGGACAUGUUCUCCGUGCCGCGGGACCAGGUCCCUACCGAGAUCGGUGGGGUCUGUUGUGGUCAAUUUGUACUGACAAGGGACCGGAUCCGGGAACGGCCACGAGAUGACUAUGUGCGAAUACGCGACUGGGCUUUGGCGACCGAUAUGGAUAACUUUGCGGCGGGGUCGGUCUUUGAGAUGCUCUGGCAUAUCAUCUUCCUUGAGCAGCCUGUUUCAUGCCCCGAUGUCCAACAGUGUUAUUGUGAGCUUUACGCGAUGUGCCCAGAAAUCGAUGCUGGCUCUUGA